AUGGAGAAAGAAACCGGCGUUACGCGCGAGCCCGUCCAGGGUCUCGCCGUCACAGACAAUGUCGACCAUGUCGAGGCCCCCGUUACCUGGAAGGCCUACCUGAUCUGCGCCUUUGCCUCCUUUGGAGGUAUCUUCUUCGGAUACGACUCAGGUUACAUUAACGGUGUCCUGGGUUCCACCAUCUUCAUCGAGGCGGUCGAGGGCAAGGGUGCCACUGCCAUUGGCGAAUCAGACCAGUCCCUCAUCGUCUCUAUUCUUUCCUGCGGUACUUUCUUUGGUGCUCUCAUCGCUGGUGACGUAGCCGACUGGAUGGGACGCAAGUGGACUGUUAUUCUCGGCUGCUUCAUCUACAUGCUUGGUGUCGUAAUCCAGAUGAUCACUGGUGCCGGUUCUUCUCCUCUUGCUCCCAUCGUCACUGGCCGUCUCAUCGCCGGUAUUGGUGUGGGUUUCGAGUCCGCCGUUGUCAUCCUGUACAUGUCCGAGAUUUCUCCCAAGAAGGUUCGUGGCGCUCUCGUCGCUGGCUACCAAUUCUGCAUCACCAUCGGUCUGCUCUUGGCUGCUUGCGUUGUGUAUGCCACCAAGGAUCGCAAAGACACCGGCUCCUACCGUAUCCCCAUCUCCAUUCAGUUCCCCUGGGCUCUGAUCCUUGGAGGUGGUCUUAUGUUGUUCCCGGACUCUCCCAGAUACUUUGUCAAGAAGGGCAGACUCGCUGAUGCCGCCCACUCCCUCUCCAAGCUUCGUGGCCAGCCCGAGAACUCUGAGUACAUCCAGGUCGAGCUUGCUGAGAUUGUCGCCAACGAGGAGUAUGAGCGCCAGCUCAUUCCCUCGUCCUCCUGGUUUGGCUCAUGGGCCAACUGCUUCAGCGGUUCCGUCUUCAAGGCCAACUCCAACCUGCGCAAGACCAUUCUCGGCACUUCUCUCCAGAUGAUGCAACAGUGGACCGGUGUCAACUUCAUCUUCUACUACUCAACUCCUUUCCUCCAGUCCACCGGUGCCAUCAGCAACACCUUCUUGAUCUCCCUCAUCUUCACCCUCGUCAACGUCUGCUCUACCCCCUUGUCCUUCUGGACCGUCGAGCGCUUCGGUCGUCGCACCAUCCUCAUUUGGGGCGCUCUUGGUAUGACCAUCUGCCAAUUCAUCGUCGCCAUCGUUGGUGUUACUGUCGGUUUCAACCACACCCACCCCGACCCCACCGACAGCUCCAAGAGCAUUGCCAACAACAUUCCUGCCGUCAACGCCCAGAUCGCCUUCAUUGCCAUCUUCAUCUUCUCGUUCGCCUCCACCUGGGGCCCCGGAGCCUGGAUUCUCAUUGGUGAGGUUUUCCCUCUGCCUAUCCGCUCCCGCGGUGUUGCCCUGUCCACUGCCUCCAACUGGCUCUGGAACACCAUCAUUGCUGUUAUCACCCCCUACAUGGUUGGCGAGAAGCGUGGCAACCUCAAGUCCUCCGUCUUCUUCGUCUGGGGCGGUCUAUGCACAUGCGCCUUGGUCUACGCCUACUUCCUGGUUCCCGAGACCAAGGGUCUAUCCCUAGAGCAGGUUGACAAGAUGAUGGAGGAGACUACUCCUCGCACUUCCGCCAAGUGGAAGCCCCAUGAGACCUUUGCUUCUCAGGUCGCCCGCAACGGCGUCCUCGACAAGGUCACCGUCGACAACAUUGAGCGUCGCGCUUCCAACGUCUAA